AUGCUGCUGCUACUCCCAAACACCACCUCAGUACAACAUGUGUCUCACCUUACCACAACGACAGAGAACAAUUGGUCGAUGCUAACAUCCUUCAUCAUGUUUGCACUGUGGCUCGUCUGGAUGUGUCUUAACUUUGUCAUGGUUGUGGUUCCGCGUGCGACGGUUGCGAUGUUACAGCGGCGGUUUUCAGUAACGCUUUCUAUACUGCUGCUACUAAUAUACAUGGUAUUGAUAGUUUCGUUCACGUAUUUGAUAGUGAGACAGCGGUACUUGACCAAGUAUUCUGUGGAGACGACGCCGCAGAAAACAGACAAAACAAUGCCCGGACAAGGUUCCAAUUUGGACUACGUCACUGGCGCAAAGAAGCGCGGAACGGAUAAGUCGAAGAAUUACUUGGACGAAUUUCUCAGCGCCAUCAAGGUUUUUGGAUAUUUGGAGCGGCCAGUGUUUCAUGAGCUCACGAAGAAUAUGACCACCCAGAAGCUAGUGGGCGACGAGCUUUUGUGCCUCGAUGAAUCCAUGGGAUUCUCAAUAGUAGUCGAGGGAACAAUGCAAGUAUACAUGAAGAUGACAAACCGCCUAGACUCUGUAACAUGGGAUCAGGAAAACAAAGAUGAUAUUUUGAUGGUUGGGAACCAGCGGUAUCAUCUUCUCAACGAGGUGAAAAGUGGUGCUCCUUUGUGCUCUUUGCUCAGUACUCUAGACCUAUUUAGACCUAAAACCUCUUCCGUUUCUAAUCCACUGGGAAGAGCAACACCUAAAAAUUCAAUUGAUAGACUGGCGGGAGGUUCUGGCGUAUACUCAAAGCAAAUGUUUUCGCCUGCUUUCAACGCCCAGGAUCCAGGAAACUUGGAUUCAGUGCCUGACUCUCCCAUUGAAUCUGCCCACGACCCAUUGUCUCCUGAAGCUAACACCGUUUACCCGGAGGUUGUUGCUAGGGCGCGCCGCUCUGACACGAAAGAUAUUGCGACCGCCACGAUCGCUAUUAUCCCAAACCUGGCAUUUCAAAGAGUGUACACCAAAUUCCCAAAGGCAACAUCUCACAUAGUUGCAAUGAUAUUGGCUCGUUUGUACAAAGUCACCUUCAAUACUGCCCAUAAUUACUUGGGACUCACUCGUGAGGUUAUUGAGACUGAAGCUAUACUAAAUUCCUCAGGCGAAGAGGUCAAGCUACCUGACUAUUUAGUGAGCAACGUCCUUGAGGAAUUGCAGAGUAAGAAAACCAAGGAACAAGCCGAGGCUGAGGAUGACAAAGCUGUUUCUCUGAUUGUGUUAUUUCCUAAAUCAGGCAAGAGAUCACGCAGCUCUGCUCUUAAUCUGUCAUCAAGAUAUGUGAUGCUAGACUCAGGGAAAAAGUCAACGCAGCCCGGCGACUUGCUUUCAUCUGUUCCUCUCACAAGAAGACCCAUGUUCUCUCAUCACAAUUCCUUGGCUGCAGAAAACGCGGACGAACUCCACGGCUUCAGCUUGUUACAAGGUAAAGCUGAGACUCUCGGACGUCAAAAGAGUGGUUUGAUACACACGCUCGGAAAAAAUAAAAGUAGCCACAUGGGACAUUCUUUCUCUGACGAACUAGAAGAGACUAAGGAAUCGACUUUGCGUGCUUCUAUUGCUGAAACUUUGCUCAAAAUUCUCGGUGUCGAAGAGGAAUCAGAAAAUUAUUCAAUAUUGGAUGAUCGAUUUUCAAUGAGCUCCUCGUCUGUUGGAUUAUCGUCAUUAAUGAACGAUAAUUCUACUACAGCUAGCUUCAACAGAUUCUUUUACGAUUCGUAUUCAGAGGGCACAAAGUUUGACGCUGUUCUGCCAACUCCAUCUUCUUCUGAAGUCACCAAAGUUUAUCCCACAUUUCUGCGUUGGAAGCAAGACCAGGAGAAUAGCUCCAGCGGAAUACCUCUGCCAAGGAUUGGUCCCCAAGGAAAGACUUCUUUGAAUGACGCCGACUCCAAGUAUGCUGCAAUCAAGGAUGCCUUUGCACAAGCCGUUGAGAUCAAGUACUUCGCACCAAAAUCCUAUUUGUUGGAGCAGGACUCCUUCAAUACUGGUUUGUUUUACGUCAUUGAUGGCUCUCUCAAAGUGACCGCUACAAUGAAAGACCCAUCAUCCAGCACACCAGAUAAACUCCUCACAAAGAAAUUUCACACCGUUAGAGUUGGUGGUAUUGCUGGCUAUUUGAGCUCCAUAGUGGGCUUCAAAUCCCUUGUUUCCAUCCAGUGUCCAAAAGACCAAGGGGCAGUGGUGGCCUAUAUUUCUAAGAAGGAUUUUGUAAAUCUUUUAGAUAAGUUUUACAUGUUACAGCUUCCGAUUGCGGCUAAACUCAAAAGCUUGUUGCCUCCCCUUAUUCGUACAAUUGAUUUUGCCCUCGAAUGGUGCAACAUUCCUGCGGGUGAAUUGCUAGCUUCCCAAGGUGAUUGGGCUAAUGGUUUUCACAUCGUUAUAAGUGGAAGAUUCCGAGUGGUUCGGCACAAUGAUGCUCUGAAGUUAGACCCGGAACUCGUCAACGGGAAUUUAAUUGACAAUUCUAACUCAGCACAACAUGACCAUAAACCAAAAGAAUUCGAAGUACUCGGAGAAUAUGGACACGGCCAGUCCAUUGGGGAGGUAGAAGUACUUACUGCCUCAAGAAGAAGCAGCUCAUUGAUUGCUGUGAGAGAUUCUGAAACUGCGCGUAUACCCCGUAGUUUGUUUGAAAUGCUCUCUCUACUGAGUCCUGCAAUUAUGGUGGAAGUGUCCAGAAUCGUUGCUCGCAAAGUUCUCGAAUCAAAAGAUCACGAUACCUUCAGCGGUUGCGUGUCAACAAUUACUUCCUCUCGCCCUUUUGAAUUCACAGCUGAGUAUAAAACAAUUACAAUCUUGCCAAGUGUUAGCGGCUUGCCCGUGAAAGAAUUUGCAGAGAAAUUAGUGCUGGCCCUCAAAGCUAUUGGUAGGAAUGUCAUAGCUCUUGAUCAGACAACUACUCUUAAACACUUGGGGCGUCAUGCCUUUGAUGAAAGAUUAUCACAUUUGAAACUCUCUGGAUAUUUUACUUAUCUUGAAGAAAAGUACGAGACUAUCGUUUACGUGUGUGACACGCCUUUGAAGUCCAAUUGGACUUCAACCUGCAUUUCUCAGGGUGAUUGUAUACUUUUGUUAGCUGAUGCGGAUGAUGAUGAAUGUGCCACGUAUGUUGGUGAUUAUGAGCGCUUGCUUCUCAAAUUGAAAACCACAGCUCGGACAGACUUAUGUCUACUUCACCCGGAUAAGUCGGUGCUACCUGGAUCUACAAGCAUUUGGUUGAAGAACAGAAUUUGGGUACAAGACCAUCACCACAUAACCAUGGAUGUGUCGAAAGAACAUGUUGUCAAACGGGUCAAGAAGAAGAAUCUGAUUCUUGAAUUGGCUCUUAAGGUAGCCAGCAAAGCCAACCCAAACAUAAAGCUUCAAUUUGAACAGGUUAAAUCAAGAGCAAUGCAAUCCUUGAUCAAAUUGAAUAACAGAGUGAAUAAAGGCCCCGAAACUGCUUCUGUUCACAAGAAUGAUUUUUUGCGUUUGGCUAGAAUUCUUUCAAACGAGGCUGUUGGCUUGGUUUUAGGAGGCGGAGGCUCUAGAGGCAUCUCUCAUGUUGGUGUUGUCACCGCCUUAGAGAAACAUGGCAUUCCCGUUGACAUUAUUGGUGGAACUUCUAUUGGCUCCUUUGUCGGUGGAUUGUAUGCGAAAGAGAAUAACAUCGUUUCUAUUUAUGGUAUGUCCAAAAAAUUUUCUAGAAGAGUCGGUUCAAUCUGGAGGAACAUUUUUGAUCUUACAUAUCCAGUCACUUCUUACAUCACAGGGUAUGAGUUCAAUCGUGGUAUUUGGAAAGUGUUUGGCUACCACGAAAUAGAAGAUUUCUGGAUCAAGUAUUUCUGCAACUCGACCAAUAUCACCAAUUCGACGAUGGAAAUCCACGAGAGAGGCUAUGCUUGGAGAUUUAUCCGUGCAUCAAUGUCUCUCGCGGGCCUUUUGCCUCCAAUAGCAUACAAUGGAUCAAUGCUUCUUGACGGAGGCUAUUUAGAUAAUUUGCCAGUGAUGGAGAUGAAGAACAGAGGAGCAAAGUACAUUAUUGCAGUCGAUGUUGGUUCUGUUGAUGACCGAACUCCUAUGAACUAUGGUGAUACCCUUUCAGGGUUUUGGGUUUUGCUCAACAGAAUAAAUCCUUUUUCGAAACAUCCAAAUGUGCCCAACAUGAUGGAUAUUCAAUUAAGGUUAGCAUAUGUCGCAAGUGUCAAUGCAUUGGAAAUUGCCAAACGCAUGCCAAAUGUCAUUUACUUGCGUCCUCCAAUUGACGACUAUGCCACUUUAGACUUCUUGAAGUACGACGAGAUAUACAAUGUGGGCUUGAACUACGCUGAUAAAUUGUUAACGAGGUGGAAAGAUGAGGGUAAAUUCCCGAAUAUAUCUGGUGUUGAUACUGUGAAGAAAUGUGAGGUGAAUGCAAGACAUGGGCUCACGAGAAGGAACUCUAUAUGA